AUGUCCCACGCGUACCCCUUGUCUUUUGGUGAACAGAGAUUUUUAAAGCCUAUUCGGACACAGAAUCCUUCCUGGCUUCUGACCCUUCUAUUUUGGGGGUGGAAACAGCUUCUCUGCUUUGAAACUCUGGCGAGGAAAAAGAAUGGGAGAGAAAGUUGCAUUAAACUUUUAGAAGUUGAUUCACGGCUGGUUGCGCAGCAAAAGCUCCGCAGCGUGGAGGGAGAAAGACGAAACGUGGUUUGGGUGGCCCCGGCGCCCGACUCCGAGGCCGGCCCCAGAAAACCCCGAGCGAGUAGGGGGCGGUGCGCGGGGAGGGAGGAGAGCCGGGGGCCCGGGAGGUUGGUGGGUGUCGGGGGUGGAGAUGUAGAAGACGUGACGCCGCGGCCCGGCCGGUGCCAGACCAGCGGACGCGGUGCCCGCGGUUGCAGCCGGAUCCCGGGCGCUGCAGCUUCGGAGGCGGCUGUCCCGAGAGUGGCGGCGGCGGAGACACCCAGCGCUACGCCCAGCUCCCGGGCGCCGGGCUCGCCGCGCGCUAGGGCCGGCGGCGCGAGGCUGGGGGCCCGCGGGCGGGGCCGCGCGCUGCCAGGCGGGAGGCUGGGGGGCCGGGGCCGGGGCCGUGCCCCGGAGCGGCUCGGAGGCCGGGGCCGGGGCCGGGGGGCGGCGGCCCCCCGCGCGGCUCCCGCGGCUCGGGGUCCCCGGCAGGGCCCCGGAGGGCCCAUGGCAGCCGGGAGCAUCACCACGCUGCCCGCCCUGCCCGAGGACGGCGGCAGCAGCGCCUUCCCGCCCGGCCACUUCAAGGACCCUAAGCGGCUGUACUGCAAGAACGGAGGCUUCUUCCUGCGCAUCCACCCCGACGGCCGGGUGGACGGGGUCCGGGAGAAGAGCGACCCUCACAUCAAACUGCAACUGCAAGCAGAAGAGAGAGGGGUUGUGUCUAUCAAAGGAGUGUGUGCGAACCGUUACCUUGCUAUGAAGGAAGAUGGAAGAUUACUGGCUUCUAAAUGUGUUACAGACGAGUGUUUCUUUUUUGAACGACUGGAAUCUAAUAACUACAAUACUUACCGGUCAAGGAAAUACUCCAGUUGGUAUGUGGCACUGAAACGAACUGGGCAGUAUAAACUUGGAUCCAAAACAGGACCUGGGCAGAAAGCUAUACUUUUUCUUCCAAUGUCUGCUAAGAGCUGA